AUGGUCUGCUAUGAACAUCAUAUUACCCUUUCACACUCCUCUGAUUACUUUCUGCAAGGAAAUGGGUUGGCAAAAUCGAGCAACAGGAACCUGGUGGCAAUUAUGAAGAAGCUAGUUGAUGAUAAUGCUCAGAACUGGCAUAAAAAGGUAUAUGAAGCCUUAUGGGCGGACAUAAUUGCACCUAAAAGAGCCAUUGGAAUGGCACCUUUUGAGCUGGUGUAUGGGAUUGGUGCAAAAGUUUACUUACCCCUAGAAUUAUCGGCAGCCAAGCUUCAAACUGUAAUCGAGGAUUCCUUUUUCCAAACUUCCCUGGAGAAGAGAGGUAUGGAUCUGAUGAGGUUGGAAGAGGAAAGAGAAAUGUUAGUGUAUAGAAUUACUAAGCAUCAGAACAAAGUGAAGAAUAUCUUUGACGUGAGAGCUCGGCCAGGAGGAUUCCUUAAAGGAGAUGCACUGUUAUGGGAUAAAACGAAAGAACCAUAG